ACUCCACUCCGAUUUUCACUGACCGGGAGAUGACAACAUCAUCAUGCCAGGCACACGGCUGUAAUCCCUUUUGGUUCCCAAUGAACUAAGACAAGCUGCCGACACAGUUACAUAGGAUAUGCUAUCAACAUGGAGGAUUCCGCGCACACCCUCCAGCUUACCAGCCCUCUCCUUUUGCUGUUUGCGUCUUCCGCUUCAGGGAAGUCCAACCUCGGCGGUGGCGCUCAUUGCCGCGGCGCCGCAGAAGGAAACCUUGCAUCAUGCAUCAAGGAGAGUCAUCAACAUAUCUAAUUGGACUAUGCCAGUUGCGCAAAUUACCUCAGACAAGAGAAAACACUGAAUUGAAACCAUCCAGAGCCUCCAAGCCGUCCAGGCUCGGGAUG